AUGACUUUGAUGAAUGAUUUAUACGCUUUGCCACUUCCACUGAGAACUCCAUCAUCUACGUUCCAUAGGCCAGGAGAAAGUAAUCGAUUUUUCACAUCGCUCAGAUCAACGGGCCGUAGAUUUGCACGUUGGGUCGCAAACGGAUUUCGAAAACUCAGAAGUAGAUAUGAGGCAGCAAAGAAAGAGCAUCGCAGUAAUUAUGUGCCCCAUUCGUAUACUGGUCCCGACGCUGAAUAUAUGAAUAAUGCUCAGUAUUUCAUUUCAAAUUGCGCGCCACUUCCACCAAGAUCUGGUUCGAGUUCGCCAGUUUCGCCGCAUUCGCCACGUCCGUCUGGCUCAACGGUAAGCAAAUCCAAAGCGAUCAUGCAAAAAGCUGGUAAUUCGAUUCGAUCGGGUGCCAAACGUUUUGCAACGGGCGCGAAACAAUUGGGUCACGAGUUGAGACAUGGUGAUCCAAGUUACGUCCCACAUCAAGUCGUUGCUGAAGGUCACGGUAAACACAUGGUUAAUGCGCAAUACAAUUAA